AUGCCGCAAGAGGCUAUAGAUAAAUAUAUACGCGGUCUGGAAAAGCGACCAGCUGAAGAAAGAUCAGAAGAUCACCGAUCAGUGCCCCCAGGGAAACUGACGAAUGCCAACUAUGCCACUGCCUAUGGGCGUUUCCCCGGGCCAGAAACCAAGCGAGAAAGCAAGCGACCUGUCGGAUUCAAUGCUAUCUCGGACGUUAAAGCAGUAGAUGGGUCUCAGACGAGAAAGUCUACGAGAGGACGAGCAUAUUUCCCUGACUGGGGGGACGACUGGCCCGAUGAGACAUCGUCAGAACGUGAGGUGGAAGAAUCUUACGGACAUCGUAAUUGGCUGAUGGAACCACCACCACCAAGAGAUAAGGGGAGUCUAUCAUCGACAAGGGCGGUAAAGGCAGUAAGAGACGUGGAUAGUACUUCCAUGCCCCCUUCAGCGCCUGAUCUCAAUUUUGCCGCUUCCUACGCAAAAGUUCGAGCGCUCUCGUCAUACUUCGAGAGUACCCUAUUGCCGCUUUGUAACAACUAUAUUGCCAAUGUCCCAGCCAACCACAAGGAUCGCAAAUUGGAGCAUAAGAAAUUAAGCGAGACUAUGCUGACUCAAGUGCUUCUGCGCGCCGAUGGCAUUGAAGUGAAUGAUGAGGCUACUCGUGUUGCGCGCCGCAAACUGGCCCGCAGCCUCCAUUUCAAAACAUAG